AUGGUGAAACUUAACAAACAGCUCUUCCUACUUCAGUCUUCAGCCUCGGCCGUUGUUGCCGCCACCGCAGACUGGCGAAGACAGCGUACGGGGAAAAUGGGGAAAGGAGAUGAACUGUGGGACGAUUCUGCUCUUCUCAACGCUUUCGACGACGCCAUUUCCAAGUACAAGAAGUAUCAUGGCAAGAAAGGCCAGGAAAAUUCAGCUGAUAGUGGAAAAGGUUUAGCUGACAGUGUGGAUCCUGCUCCUGUAGCGGAUGAAGGCCUUGGAUUAGUCAGGGAGGUGGAGGAAACUGGGAAAGUAGCAUCACAACUUACAGCAGAGAUCAAUGACAGAUUAUGCAUAGCACCAUCGGAUGAAAAUUAUUUCGCGUAUCAACUUGGAGAUGAACAAAACAUAGACACUGCAAACGAUGUAAACGCACCUACAGUUGGUGAUCAUUCUAAUGUACAAGCCACGGAGGAUUAUAACGAGCUACUAAGCCAGUAUUAUGAUCUGGAAGAGAAGAGGCAAAAGGUUCUAGAACAGCUUCAACAACUAGGAGGCUAUUAUUACCAAGAUCCUGCUGAAGGUUCUAGUUCUGCUGCCCAGUUAGCUAACUGCUCCACUUCUCAAGACCAUUCAGCCCCAGCAACAAACCAAACUCAUGGCUCAGCUACCUGCAUAUAUACCACUUGUUGCCCUUAUGCCAGUCAUUGUCCAGUAGUUUCAUGCUGUGGUAGUAAGUUAGGCACCGACUCCACUGUGUUGACUUGUUGUGGAAAAGCUUGUCCUCUUGGGGAGAGUGACAUGGUUAAAACAGCCAUGGAAGCUGCUGAAAGAGCAAUGUCAUCUAUAAAAGGGAAAAGCUCGGACGAUAAUUGUGUCAAAGGUAUGGCCUUUUCCUAGAAAAUAGAGACCUAAAGAAUCUGUCACUUUUUCCUUUUGUCCUGGGGAUACUAGUACAUAAUCUUCUUGUUUCUUGUCAUGAUGCUUGGAAAGAUGCAAUCUUGAUGGAGGAUGGAAUCCUAGAUUCCGAUGUCUGUCGAGUUUGACAAUUAUACUAACACAUGACACGUGAUAGUGAUGAAGAAGAAGAGGGAACUGCACAAGGUCCUACUUCUGGAACAGAUCUCUGUGAUGUCUUGAAUGCUUGGUAUUCUGCUGGUUUUUUCACCGCCAAGUAUCUUACAGAGCAAUCCAUGGCUAAGAAGUAGAGGUAUUCCUGUUGGAGCAGAAGGAAUACAGGCGAUGUGUGAUUGGUUGGCGAUGGAACAAAAAAUUUAAUUUAGUGCAGGAAACAGAAGUUAGAGAGAAGUAUGUAAACAAGAUUUGAAUAAAUUUCUGAAUGUACUAAACUAUUUUCUGGUGAACUAUGUACGAAAUUUUGAGAAUACUAGUACUUCGCUUGAAUUAAGUUGAAUUCUUUGUACAGUAGUUCAACAGUUCAUCCAUCCACCUUACAUUUUUCUUCCCCAGCAGGGAGCAACUUUUAUGGGUCAGUUCAGUUCCUUAGUUCCCUUCUUC